AUGGAGAAAAUAUUCAUUCCAGACAUCGAGAAAAUUGCAAGAUCCAUGUCAAGGACAAUCGACAGAUUUACGGAUCUCGUUGAGGCUAUUUCUUUGACGGAGGAAGGACGAAGUUGUGUCCAGAACGUGUCCAAAGUGGCCGUUUGUCGGGCGGUCAUGAUGGAACUGACCACGAAAAAAAUCGAUUUUGACGGAUUGUAUGAUAUCCUACAGAAUGUCAUACUAACACUGGUAGCAGAUGGAUGUUCAGGAUGUUGUCGCACGAAUCAAACAAGAUUACCAGGACUAACGUCGGUUCAGAAAGAAGCUCUGCGGAAGACGGAGACCUUCGAUAAACUCCUUGUGAAGGAACUCAAAAACCAAGUGAGAAAUCUCCGUCAGUUGGUGAAGAAACACCGGAAAUUAAUGGCACAAGACGAGAAAUACAGGCGGGAAAGCGCCAAACACGAGCAGAAACUGGGAGCAUUAUUACAGCAAAUUCACGGAUCAGUGCCGCUCAAGCCAAGGAUGCUUAUUUUCCUACAAAUGAAGCGAGAUCGUGUACAAAAAGAGAUGAAUCGAGCCAAGUCAGCCCGACUCACAAACUCCGAGCUGGAGCAGAGUAUUAGGUCCCAAAUCAAAAACAUCAGUGCCGACCUGAUGUGUGUUAUCACAGACAAGAUCAAAGACAAGGUUGAAUAUGGCCUUGAAGAUUGUCUCCUCGACGUCAUCAGCAAAAUGAGCGAACGUGAAAAGUAA